AAAGGGAUUGGCAAGGUGAUGGCAGGGGGUGGCCUUGAGUUUUGCCUGGUGGUGCAUCCUGGUAACACUAACCCAGAAUUUCCUAGGCGAGGAUGGCUGCCCAGGUCCUGCUACACUCCAGACCCGUCCUCAGGCCAGUCCUCGCCAGGCUCGCUGCCCUACCUUCCGUCAGAAACAUGUCCAUCCAGGUUGGUGAUGAGUUGCCCAGUGUAGAUCUGUAUGAAGAGACCCCAGCCCAUGCCGUCAACACAAGAGAUCUGUGUGCAGGUCGCAAGGUGCUUCUCUUUGCUGUACCAGGAGCCUUCACCCCAGGCUGCUCCAAGACCCACUUGCCAGGAUAUAUCAAACAAGCAGACAGUAUCAAAGCCAAGGGGAUUCAGGAAAUUGCCUGUGUGGCAGUCAAUGAUCCAUUUGUGUUGACAGCUUGGGGGGAGAGACACAAUGUUGGGGACAAGAUUCGUAUGCUGGCAGACACAAAUGGAGAGUUCACCAAAGCUGUGGGCUUGGAUCAGGAUCUUGCAGUACUAGGGGGCCUUAGAUCAAAGAGGUACUCUAUGUUGGUUGAGGAUGGCCGAGUGUUACAGCUCAAUGUGGAGCCAGAUGGAAAGGGUCUGUCUUGCUCCCUUGCUGAGAAUACAAUGUCCAAGCUGUAAACAGCUGAUUUGCAUGACUGGGGCAAUUUCAAUCUUCCAGAUUCCUCUGUACCUCCACUCUCGUAAAAUCAGAUUACAUAAUUGUCUGAGAAAGUCAUUCUUGAGAGUCUUAAGUAUUGUAGGUUGUUUACCUCUGAACAGUAGGUUUGUAUAUAGACACUGAUAGUAAUAUUUUAGUAUUACUCUACUGUUGAUGGAUAGUGAUUUUUUGUACAUAUAUCAUAUGCAUUCAAGUAAAUUACUCCAUAACAAGCACUGAUUAGUUUUCUAAACAAACCACUUCACAAGUCAUAACUGCAUAAUUAUUUCAGGGUCUUAUUGUUGAACUAGUUAAUCUAACAUCCAAAAAUAAUCCACUGUUAAGGAAGGCCUGUGUAUGGCAUUAUUGUUUUUAUUCAUUGUCAAAACAUGGGUGCCUUAGAUAGGAAAGUAAAAGUGUAGAAAUGUGGUAGUGCCAAAUUAGAUGAUGCUUUCUCACAUGGAGGUGAAGAACAAAAGGUGCAUAUGAAAAAAAUUGUAUUAAAUAUGGCUGUGACAUGCAUUAUGUUUUACCCAAUUGCUGGGAAGGAAAAUAAAUGGGAAGGUUUCACUCAGGAAGAAUGAGUAUGUGUUGGUUAUCUUCCUUUCAGAACCUACUAUGGGUUCAGCAAGAGAGUUAAUUCUUACAAGCUGUUACAUUCAGAGCAGAAAUGCUCCCUCCUUACUCUUCUUUUUGUUUUUGAGUAAAGGAUUGCUUCACUUCUUUCUGAGUUUGUGUUGCACUGAACUGCAACACAAACACAUUUAACUGCAAGUUUUGUUUUGCCUCUCGUCAGCAGGAUUAGUUUCAGUAUGGUAAUCUUGAUACUUGCAUUUCUCUCUCUCUCUCUCUCUCUCUCUCUCUCUCUCUCUCUCUCUCUCUCUCUCUCUCUCUCUCUCUCUCUCUCUCUCUCUCUCUCUCUCUCUCUCUCUCUCGGGCAUGUGGCUUAAGGAUCAGAAAGUAUGUGUCAUUGAUUGGUACAAAAUCCUUAUAUUGUGUGGUCAUUUUAAGCAAAUCUGUUGCUCAAUAAAAAAUGCAUUGUAAGUUCUCAUAUAUAGUGAAAAAUUCCACCUAUUAGAACUUAUGUUGUGUUAGCUCACUCAAUAAACUGGCACAGAACAC